GUGGGUGUACUUCUAGAGUUUUACCAAGAACUAUACACUUUGCUGCAUUUUGGUUCCCAUCGCGGCAGGUCAGUGCACCCCGCCCAGCCCAGGCUAUGGUGGCGGUGAUGGGCUUACCAAUGACGGCAGACCCUCACAUGCGAAGCCGUCCACAUCAUAGGGUCAUCUACUAUAUUGCUUCCAGGAGAGAGACCCCUUUGUGUGUGUCCAAAAUAUUAUGGAGGAAAGAAAUAGCAACGCAGGAUGGGAGACCACAUCCCUCAGAGAAGCGAUGGGCCCUCUGAUAGCGUCCAGCAGGGAGGACCCCAGGACUCAGAUGAUGAAGUGGAUGCCGCUCAGCUAUGGGAUCCGCAGCACCAGGAGGACUACCUUCAGCUCGCAGGGGACUUUGGAGGCGAGCUCUCCCCCCAGCCGUCUUCAAGUGGCGAGUGUCAACAUCGCGUUAGCCCCCUGGACCCCAACCUCUCCUCAGCUGCACGCUACUCUCCGCCUCCUCCUUACAACUCUCCAAUGGCUGGGAUUGAGCCCCCUGAUUCCCCCACGGAAGACCUCUCGCACGGUAGCUCCUUGCCGAUCAUACCCAGCAGUGUUAGCAGCAGUAUGUCGGGUGCCGCAGAGAACCUGGUCCACCCUGAGCCCCACAGGUUACCAGCGCCGUGUUCCUCCGUGGGGCAGAUCUCAGGCAGCAAGCCGAGGAGUUUUGCGGCGUCAAACAGUCUCUUUUCAACGCACCCGCCCUUACCGCGCCCAAGACCUCACUGGGCGGCUCACACUUUGAUAGCCAGUGACGCUCGCGAGGAAAACGCACCUCGGAAUGUGAGUGUAAGCGUUUGGUCUAAGCAGAAAAGAUUGUUACUAAGAAAUACCGUCGUUAGUGAAGCCUCUCAGCCUGGGUCUAGUGGUUUACAGGCAGCCAGGUCAAAUGCCCCUUCAGUCUUCAUGACCAGUGCUUUACCUGGUCCUAGCGGAGUUCAAGGUAUUCUCCAGCCCACCUCCACCUGCACACAGAGUCAAUCCCAUCACGGCGGAUCCAGCAACUCAAUUAGCGUACCGCAGCCUAGCACGAGCAACCUUGAUAUCCUUCCCUCGAGCAAUAAAAUACAUCCUCGGGACAAUGAAUCGGACUCCUCCAUUAGUGACGAGGAAGGAGGCCAUGAUUCUCCGGAGAGCUUACCGCGGCUUUGCUCCACUCUCAGCUCUGGGGUGAGGGCUCGUAUGGUCCAGAUGAGCGACGGGGAGGCGGAGGCGCUCAGUGGUCCUGCGUCGGGGGUCUGUGAGGCCAGCAGUACCAUGAGAGGGCAUGUCACCCCACUGAGCUCGCCAAGAACGCCUGCAGACAAUUGUAUAGUUUCCUCCUCAACUGGACAUCUUGAUUCAGUCCCCCCCACGCCGGCAGAGUUCCAGGGUAACGAUGUGUCUGGUCCCUGCAGCCCCGUGUCGCAGAGCCUGGCAGGGGUGGCUAUACUCGACUCUACUGUUGACUCUACCAGUGGCCAGGAGAUAGUGAAUUCAGAGGAGCAAAGUUCUGGUGAUGAAACGGAUGAAGACCAGUUGACGCGACCAGGGCAUAUAGAGCUGCCAGUGAUGGUUGAUGAAGCGGAGGAAAUUUCGACGUCGGAAGUUGAUUUACAGCACAGCGAUGAUAGUCAGGAUGUGACGUUGCUUGUAAAUCCUCAAGGAAUGUUUGUGAAUGGGAGAACAAAUACUAAUCGCUUUAUGGAACAUCUCUCACUCUCCUUAACGCACUUUUCCGGCAGUGCACUCGAUCCAAGGCUUUCAGGGCUCGGGAAUGAACACCGUGAGUCUCAAAGCAGUUUCGUCUCUCCCGGGUGCCAGCAACCAUACCUCGGUGAACCUCUCGCCGGCCCAGGACCAAGCAGAGCAUCCUUGCCGUGUCAAUCCCAAGCCGUGGACAGACAGGCGGGCACAUCCAUGCAUCAGAACAGGGACGGCAUCGCGCUCCCAGGCACACACAACAUACCAGAUGCAGUUGAGGUCCUUGACAGUCGUUUGCCUCUGUUUGAUAUUACAUCUGGGUUGCCCGAGUGCAGCACAGGCUCGGAAUGUGCGAGAUCCAAGGCCCUCAAGAAGAGCGAAAUGGAACCAGGAACUGAAACGAAUGAUCUAGCGGACAGUCAGCCUCUCGUGUCUCUUGUGGAAGGUGGAAACGAUUCUGUAAACAGCGGAAAUUUUAUAGCAGACGCGGAGAACCAAAAUUUCGAUGAGCUGACCCCAUCGUAUGUUCUUGAGCUCCACGACGAGAGCUCGGCAGGGAGUGGCAUCCUGAGCUCCGAUUCUUGUGAUAAGGACGAAGUUUCUCACGUGGAGGAGGAAAAACGAGCCAACCAGUCACCAUUAACAUGUCAUCAAUCCAUGCUUGAACCAGAGACAGUGGCCGGGGGUUCUGCCAAUGACCCCGGUGAGAUCUUGACUCCAUCAGAACCUGGGAAAGAACUGAAAUCCUGUGUUGUUUUGCCUGGAACAUCACACCAGCAAACAAUCACACAGCAUCUACUGCCCUCCGAGCCUAAUCAGGUUUCUCUCCUGGUUGGCAGUGACGACAGCAGUGAUGGGGCGCUUCUCAUGAUGGUCACCUCGCACCCCCACUCUGUACAUAACUCCAUUGCCCCGGAGAAGUCCGUUGACGCUGAAGGAGGGCCCAACAUCACCCCUCACCUUGCCUCACCAUCAUCUCAGAGCAUUGUGUGCAGUGAAGAGGCUGCCCUCCCGUCCGCUGGUGCCGUGGAAGGAGCGUAUGCCCUCAAGGAAAAAGCGAGCGACUCUGAUGACCACAAGGAGAUGGAAGUGGAAUUUGUCAGAGCAGAUUUUUGGUGUGGGGAGUGUGGGCAAAUGUACAUACAGGAAUGCCCAACACACCAGCCUCAGGACACCAACAAGCCAGGCAGGACAAGAACAGGGGUUCCGCUUUCGGCUCAGAAUCUCAUCCCCAAUAAAGUUUCGGACACAGCAGCCGAUGGUGUGGACUGUGAACAGACCUAUACCCCUCACUGCCCUCAACCUCACAUCCUGACCAUAUCCGACAAGCCCGUCAGAGCCAGGGCAUGGGCAUCACUUCCCGGGGAGCAUUUAGCCAUCCGGAAAAUCCACGGCACAGAAGAGUUCGGCGUGUUUUCUCGAAAAUUCAUCCCAAAGAGGACUCGGUUUGGCCCCCUCGGAGGAGUGAUGAUGGAAGAUGCAAGCAGAAGCCCCCCCACUAAUGGCCUUGUCUACUCUGUCCUCUCCGGAGACAAGACAAUUUUUCUGGACACAUCUGACGAAGGUUCGUCUAAUUGGAUGAGAUUCGUAAGAAAAGCCGAGAGUUAUCUGGACCAGAAUUGCGUCGUUAUGCAGAUCGAUACCUCUCUCGUCUUCCUGACCAGCAGCGACAUCCUCCCUCGCUCGGAACUCAGAGUUGGAUAUUCCAAGCAGUACGCCAGCCAGAGGAACCUGCACUUUCUUGAGCCCACAGAGUUAGAAAUAUCAGUGUUGGAGUCGAUGAGGAAAUCCUGGCCAUGUUAUGAGUGUGAUGAGGGUUUUGAGUCAUCUGCUGAGCUCCAGCGACACCUCACUUGUCAUGAUGAAGCUGGUAAAGAGGAAGAUCGGAAGAAGCGUAAGAGGACCAAAAUCCGUCGACCCCGUACCUGCGGUGAUGCCGAUGUUGCCGUCAAGAAAGUGGUCAAGAGGUUAAAGCCGAUGUCCAGAGAACCAGGAUCCUCUGGCGUACCUCAGACAGGAGUUAGAGGCCGUCCUUGUCCCAGCGGAGGAGGUGUCCAGGAAAACAAGUGUAUUGUCUGCAAUCGUACAUUCGGCAUACCUGAACUGCUCAAGAUUCACCUACGAAGUCAUCAAACUCUGGAAAUUAAGGAAGAGGAUGAAAUGGAUCUCAAGCAGGAGAGGAAGACUUGCCCUUUGUGUUUCAAGGCCUUUGAGAGUGAGGAGGAGUUGUCUUCGCAUGUGGAGGAACACAAUCUCUAUCUGCCGGCCUCCAGCAAGCCUUACAAAUGUGAAUGUUGUUACAAGUCUUUCCUGCGCCAUGAUCGCCUGGAGGCCCACAUGGCUGUCCACUGCAAUGAGGCGGAAAAACCGUAUCGCUGCAGUCUCUGUCUCAGGCGAUUCUGCAGCAACUCCGCCCUCAACACUCACGUCAAGUUCCACAUUGAGGGCAGUAAGGGAUAUAACUGCCCCAUUUGCAGGGAAGGUUUCUCCUCUGUGGCCAGUCUGAAAGCCCACGUCCCAACCCACUGUGUGAACGAAGAGUACAACUGUCCGACCUGCAACAAGGUGUUUCCUACGUAUAGUAAAAUUCGUCGACACAUAAGAUCCUACCAUGCUAUCCUGCCUCACGUAUGCUCCAUCUGCAGCAAAGAGAUGCCCUCCAUCGACAAGCUAAAAAUUCACAUGCUCAGCCACUCAGAUCGGAAAGACUACUUAUGUCAAGACUGUGGAAAGGGAUUCAAGAGGAAGGACAAGAUGAGAGAACAUUCCAAGCGCAUGCAUUCUUCAGAGCGUGAUGUGCGUCUUGCCAAGGCUGCCAAGGCUCCUCCAAAGUUCAUUCCAAAGGUUGACCCGACAGAUUACAUGCAGUUUGAGUACAAGUGCCAUACCUGUCUUUUGGGGUUCAAGCGGAGAGGAAUGCUCGUCAACCACCUAGCGAAACGACAUCCAAACGUUGACAUUGGUAGUGUUCCGGAGCUUAAUCAGCCGAUCCUCAAAGCUACGCGUUGCUAUUACUGCCAAUACUGUGACAAGAUGUAUCGCAGCAGCAGCAAGCGUAAACUGCACAUUCUUAAGUACCAUCCCGGAGAGGAGCUUCCCCCAUCGUCUGUAACACCCAAGGAGAGCAGAAACGGGGAAGAUUCAACAUACUCACAAACCGUUGGCAAUGUGACCACCUACCCCCAUCCGUGCAAAUGGUGCUAUCGUCAAUAUGCCUCCAGGGCACGGCUGCUGAGACACGAACGUCACCAGCACUCAGACAUUGGGGCGGACAGCUCUUCCGUCAAGGAUUACGGGGAGGACAUGCCAGACCCAGGAGUUAGCGACAUGGAGCCUCUUCUUGACGGAGGUGCUGGCUUGACAGGAGAAGUUCCUCAUGGGAGUCAAGUUGUGGGAGAUGGAACCCUACUUCAAGGUCAUCGACUUGGUGAUCUACCCAGAGGAGAAGCCAGCACUUCGGGAGUUCAGGGUCCUGAAGAUGACCUGCUCACUCAAGCUAUGGGAGAAAUAACGCCCAUUGGAAACGGAGACCAGUAUGUACGACUGAUCGGGACUGGCAGUGAGGGGCAGCAGGUUGUGGUGGGGGCGACGCAAGCCAGUCGCCCCCUCUUGGUGAACAGCGAGGAAGGACAGCAUGGAACCACUCUGGCUCUCGUCACCACGGACAGCGCAGACACGGUCACCUUAUCUCUCCCUGCUGGGCAAUUUAUAUCUCUGAUUCCUAACUUGUCACUAUCAGGUCCUGCUGCUGAAGUGACCACUGACUCAAGGGGAGCGUCCAGCAGCAGAGACUCGGUUCAGGCUGAAAAUGGUGGAUCACAUGAGGAAGAUGGGGCGGCGAGUCAGGAGUUUCAAGGAGAGAUUCUGUCUACGAUAAGAAUGGGUCCCAGCCUUGACAGAGAGGAGACAGUGGAGCAUGUAGUGUUGACCACCCAUCAGCCCUCACAGACAGCAUCAGUGGUCUGGCAGCAGGCCCUCGGCAUUCCAAACACACCAAAAUAAAUGUGACAGCUACGCCGGGCACACACACACACACACACAGACACACACACCACCGAGCACACACACACACACACGACAGACACACACACCACCGCCGGGCACACACACUCACACACACACAGACACACACACCACAGCCGGGCACACACACUCACACACACACACCACCGAGCACACACACACACACACACACACACAC